AUGAUCUGGGGAGUUAUCAGCGCAAAGGGACGCCUCUACAUAGUGGAAAACACCAUACGGCAGGAUCAGUACAUUAAAGUUCUGUCAGAAAAACUGAUUCAACAGACAUCAGAAUGGUUUCCUAAUAGGGAUUUCCUGUUUAUGCACGACUCAGCCCCAUGUCAUAAAGCAAAAAAAGUGACAAAAUUCCUAAAUGACCAUCAGAUAAAGGUGUUGGAAUGGCCUGGUAACUCUCCAGAUCUAAACCCCAUAGAAAAUGUGUGGACUGCGUUAAAAAAGGAAAUAGCUAAAGAAAAAGUCAUAACUAAUAAACAAGAACUGAUUGAGAAGAUAAUCAAAGCUUGGUUUAACACCCCAGAAUUAAAAACAAUAUCAAAAAAUUGCAUAGACAGCAUGCCUCGUCGACUUCAAGAAGUUAUUGCACAAAAGGGUGGUUUUACAAAAUAUUAA